CUCUCUCUCUCUCCCUCUCUCUCUCUCCUGUUACUCACGCUCUAGUCUUCUUCCACGCGCAGCCCAUCGCCAUCGCCAUCGCCGUAGUCAUCGCCGCGGCGCGCGCCCGUGGCUGACUUCCUUCCGGGGAGGAGGAGCUGGACCACGCCACAACUCGUGCGUGGACGAGGCCGGACCACCGGACAAACGGCCACGCUCCGGCUCCAUCCGAAGCCUCGCCUCCCAUCCCCCCACCCAACACCCGCGCUGCGCGCGCGCGCGCGACUCUGAGGAGGCACGUGUGGUGGGUUGUUAUAAAGGGAAGGGCCCCCGAUGCCGCACGGCGUCGUGCUCGGUCGCUGGCUCGUAGCGGAUGGGCUUGCAGCUUGAUCGCCUCGCCGAGUCGCCGUCGCCGUCGCCGUGGUCGCCGCCGCCCCCCGAGUUGCUCCGCUGCGCCGUCGACGCUGCCGAGGAGGAGGGAGGGAGGGCGGGCAUGAGGGAGUACGGCCCCGCGGCGGCGCCGCGGCUGCUGGUGACCGACGCCGGUCGCGUCCAGGAGAUGGAGAGGUUCUCGCAUUACGUCGCUAGGCAAAUUGGGUUUGACCAUGUGGAUGAAUGCCCCCACCUCUGUACACUAGCUUAUGAUUAUCUGAGGAAGAACAAGGGCUAUGAAGAAAAUAUAUUUGCAUUCUUCCAGAACAACGCGGAUCCCGAGACUCUGAUUGUAAAGUUCAUCGAGGAACUCGACAAAUGUAUACUUGGCUACUUCUCCUUCCAUUGGAACUAUGCAACCUAUAUAAUUUCCCAGGUUUUGACGGUGGAAGGUGCUCCUAAAAGAAAGCUCAGGAACAUGGUAUUAGAGGCCACUAGGAAGCAGAGAUUUGAGAGGGUUACAAGAAACUUGAAGGUGACCAGACUAUUCUCUACAUUGGUGGAGGAGCUGAAGGCCAUAGGACUAUCUUCCCAUGUUGAGACACCACGGAGUGAUGUGAUGGUCCCAGCAGCACAUUGUGAUCGCAGCCCAGUCCUACUCUUGAUGGGCGGUGGGAUGGGAGCUGGCAAGAGCACUGUGCUAAAGGAUAUCCUCAAGGAAGCAUUCUGGUCCGGAGCAGCUGCAAAUGCGGUGGUUGUGGAGGCUGAUGCAUUUAAGGAAACUGAUGUUAUCUAUCGAGCCAUCAGCUCAAGGGGCCACCACAAUGACAUGCUGCAGACUGCGGAACUGGUGCAUCAGUCAUCAAUGGAUGCAGCCUCAUCACUCCUGGUGACUGCCCUCAACGAAGGGAGGGAUGUAAUCAUGGACGGCACCCUGUCGUGGGAGCCAUUUGUCCAGCAGACGAUCACCAUGGCCAGGGCUGUGCACCGGCAAAGGUACCGGAUGGGUGUUGGCUACAAGGUCACCGAGGACGGGUCAAUCACCGAGGAGUACUGGGAGCCAGUUGAGGACUCAAGUACAGAUGAAGAAGGUGAGACGAGAGUAAGGAAGCCAUAUCGCAUCGAGCUUGUCGGUGUGGUCUGUGAUGCCUAUCUUGCCGUUGUCAGGGGAAUCAGGAGAGCUGUGAUCACCGGGAGGGCAGUGAGGGUGAAGUCCCAGCUGAAGUCCCACAAGCGGUUCGCCACCGCGUUCCACAGCUACUGCAACCUCGUCGACAACGCGAGGCUCUACAGCACCAACUCCACGGGCGCCGCCAAGCUGAUAGGAUGGAAGGACGGCGAGAGCAACCUACUGGUGGACCCCGACGAGAUCGGCUGCUUGGAGAGGGUGAGCAGCCUGGACGACGAGGCCGACUGCGUCCACGAGAUCUACCCGGGCGGCUCGGCGGAGGCGGCCUGGGAGGCCCUGGUCACGUCGCCGUCGAGGGCGCCGGCGCAGCGGGAGAUCAAGGCCGCGGUCCAGACGAGCGAGGCGCGCUUCCGGACCGUGCCCUCGUAGCUGCGUUCACGGUUUCAGGCUGUCUUUUUUUUUUCUCUCUAUAUCUAUUUCUUUUCCUUUUUGACACGAUGUCACGUAUAGGAUUCGGUGGUGAAAUGGUGAUGUGGCGUGGCUGCCAAAUGGCGUGUGUUGUACUUGUAUCAACUGAUCUUUGUCACCGUCACCACCCGGCGUAUGUUUGGCUUUUCCGCCGGAUGGGCUUGAAUCAAAGGGAUCGAGCUCGUCGAAGUCUUGUGUUGUAUGAUCGAUGUAUCAGUUGUACCACUACUAGACAAGAAACAUUACACAGUUUCAGGGUCACUACUACAGCGAAACACUGAUGAAACUCGUAUUCAACAGCACUUGCCAUUGAAACACUGACGGGGCCAUUCCUAGUAAAAGGUUUUAUUUUUAUAUCUCUAGAAGUGCCACGUAAGCAAUAAAUCAUUUAGUCGAUGGUUCAAAUAGCAUAUAUAACACAUUGUUUAUUUUUGUUCUUUUGUAGAUAAAUAUGUAAGAGAUAAGCUGCAUUGAAAAGAGAUGUUUGUUUACC